AUGGACCGGGAUCCGAGCCAGGACUCCGGAUCCAGCAGCAGGACUAAAGCGGCCGCUGCCGGUCUGCAGAAACGUAAAGGCAAAGAGAGGCCCACAGGUUACCCCUGUGAUCAGUGUGAGAAAGUCCUCGCCACUUCAUCAUCCUUGAAGGGACAUAAGAAGAUUCACACUGGAGAGAAGCCGUACAGAUGUGAUCAGUGUGGGGCAGCUUUUACUGAAUCAGGUGCUUUAACGAAGCACCAACGCAUUCACUCUGGAGAGAAGCCAUACAGAUGUGAGCAGUGCGGGGCAGCUUUUACUCAUUUGAGUACUUUAACUACGCACCAACGCAUUCACACUGGAGAGAAGCCGUACAGAUGUGAGCAGUGUGGGGCAGCUUUUACCACAUCAGGUGCUUUAACUACGCACCAACGCAUUCACACUGGAGAGAAGCCGUACAGAUGUGAGCAGUGUGGGGCAGCUUUUACCACAUCGGGUGCUUUAACUACGCACCAACGCAGCCACACUGGAGAGAAGCCGUACAGAUGUGAGCAGUGUGGGGCAGCUUUUACCACAUCAGGUGCUUUAACUACGCACCAACGCAUUCACACUGGAGAGAAGCCGUACAGAUGUGAUCAGUGUGGGGCAGCUUUUACCAGAUCGGGUCAUUUAAGAAGGCACCUACGCGUUCACACUGGAGAGAAGCCGUACAGAUGUGAUCAGUGUGGGGCAGCUUUUACUGAAUCAGGUGCUUUAACUAAGCACCAACGCAUUCACACUGGAGAGAAGCCAUACAGAUGUGUGCAGUGUGGGGCAGCUUUUACCUCAUCAAGUGCUUUAACUACACACCAACGCAUUCACACUGGAGAGAAGCCGUACAGAUGUGAUCAGUGUGGCGCAGCUUUUACCACAUCAAGUGAUUUAACUACGCACCAACGCAUUCACACUGGAGAGAAGCCGUACAGAUGUGAGCAGUGUGGGGCAGCGUUCACUCAACUGAGUACUUUAACGAAGCACCAACGCAUUCACACUGGAGAGAAGCCGUACAGAUGUGAGCAGUGUGGGGCAGCUUUUACCACAUCGGAUGCUUUAACGAAGCACCAACGCAUUCACACUGGAGAGAAGCCGUACAGAUGUGAGCAGUGUGGGGCAGCUUUUACCACAUCGGGUGCUUUAACUACGCACCAACGCAGUCACACUGGAGAGAAGCCGUACAGAUGUGAGCAGUGUGGGGCAGCUUUUACCGCAUCAGGUACUUUAACUACGCACCAACGCAUUCACACUGGAGAGAAGCCGUACAGAUGUGAUCAGUGUGGGGCAGCUUUUACCACAUCAAGUGCUUUAACUACGCACCAACGCAUUCACACUGGAGAGAAGCCGUACAGAUGUGAGCAGUGUGGGGCAGCUUUUACUGAAUCAGGUGCUUUAACUACGCACCAACGCAUUCACACUGGAGAGAAGCCGUACAGAUGUGAGCAGUGUGGGGCAGCUUUUACUCAUUCAUCAUCCUUGAAGACACAUAAGAAGAUUCACACUGGAGAGAAGCCGUACAGAUGUGAGCAGUGUGGGGCAGCUUUUACCAGCUCGGGUCAUUUAAGAAGGCACCAACGUAUUCACACUGGAGAGAAGCCGUACAGAUGUGAGCAGUGUGGGGCAGCUUUUACCACAUCAGGUGAUUUAACGAAGCACCAACGCAUUCACACUGGAGAGAAACCGUACAGAUGUGAGCAGUGUGGGGCAGCUUUUACUGAAUCAGGUGCUUUAACUACGCACCAACGCAUUCACACUGGAGAGAAGCCGUACAGAUGUGAGCAGUGUGGGGCAUUCAGCAGUCAGUCCAUCGAUAUCAAGUCCAGUAACAUUAAUGCCUCCAAUUAA